CGCAAACAGAUAAAAGGAAGCGGGAUAUAAGUUACGCAGAGGAGGAUCUGAAUCCGUUUGAUGGGCUAAAAGCACGCUGCAUGUGGUUAAACGAUCAACCUACAAAUCUGGCUAACCUUGGGGGAUUCAAUUUGAGGGCUCGCUUAUCCCUUAAGCAACCAUCUUGUGACUUCAACGACGACGAAGAGGAGUGUAGGCCUUGGCGUCGCAGGCUUACCAUGGCUUUCACCUGGGGCUCUGCCCUCAGGAUUACUCUUUUGCUUCUCCUUCUCGCGGCUAUUAUUCUAGCUUGUUUUACUCUCCCCAUUGAAAAGAUACUAAAGAACUUCUUACUAUGGGUUCAUGAAGAUCUUGGCCCCUGGGGUCCACUUGUCCUGGCUGUUGCUUACAUUCCUUUGACAGUCUUGGCAGUUCCAGCUUCAGUACUUACUCUUGGUGGAGGUUACCUUUUUGGGCUUCCAGUGGGCUUUGUUGCAGAUUCUAUCGGCGCAACUGUUGGGGCAGGAGCUGCAUUUCUUCUUGGCAGAACAAUUGGAAAAUCAUUUGUUAUUUCAAAGUUGAAGGAUUAUCCACAGUUCAGAUCAGUUGCAAUUGCAAUCCAAAGAUCUGGGUUUAAGAUUGUUGUGCUGCUUCGGCUCGUUCCAUUACUGCCAUUUAACAUGCUAAAUUACCUUCUGUCUGUCACUCCUGUUUCGUUAGGGGAAUACAUGCUGGCUUCUUGGAUAGGAAUGAUGCCAAUUACACUGGCACUUGUGUAUGUUGGAACAACUCUCAAAGACAUUUCUGAUGUGACGCAUGGUUGGGGCGAGUUCUCAAAGACUCGUUGGGCAUUUAUCUUUCUUGGCCUUGUAAUAUCUGUGGUGCUGAUGAUAUGUGUUAUGAGAGUUGCCAAGUCUGCGUUAGAUAAAGCAUUGGCUGAAAACGAAGAUAUAGAAGGUAUUACAGGUUCAUCCCCAGUGUUACCAGUUGUUUCAGAUUCUCCGGUGGAUCUUCACCAGCCCCUCAUGAUCAGAGUAGAACCUCCUGAAGAAGACAAACAUGAAAAGUAAAACCCCUUCGCUCUGUAAAUUCUUUCCCUUCCUUCUUAAAGCUUAUGCUUUCUAUAUUGACGUGUAAGCUGUAGCUGCUUGCUCCCACUUAUUUGUGAUUUGUACAGUGUUAACGAGGAUUAGGAUCUUUAGUUUUGCAGUGAUGGCUAAUCCUACAAUCACAGUCAUAUUAUUGAAUUGGUAGCUUGUAUCUUGACGGCAGAGAAGUUCAUGUGAACGAUUUGAGUCUUCUUUUUUUUGGCCCAACAAUUUGAGUCUUUCUAUGACUCCAUUCUAUGUUU